AUGACGAGAGUAAAGGAUGAAAAGCUUAAGAAACAAUUUCAAAAACAGAUGGGGUGCAUGGCAGGUUUCCUACACAUCUUCGAUCGCCAUCACUCAUUUCCCCUUAAAAGACUCAAUUCCACAAAACCAACGGAACCGGAAACAAACGGUAGUAACUCACCGGCUGAAUCAAUACCAGAAGCAGAAACAACUCAACUGGAAAAACCGGCGCUUCAGAUUCUUCCAGUUUUCGAUUUCAAAGAAGGAACAAAAUCUUCAUGGAAAUUAGCCAGAGAAGCACCGAGACUAUCAUUAGAUAGCAGAGCCGUGAUGGAUGCAAAAGGAACAAUUCAUCCCAAAGAUGAAGAAAAACGACGACGUUCCACUAGCGUUGUUGCAAAGCUCAUGGGUCUCGAAGACUCUGAUCCUAACCACAACCCUAACCCUAGCCAUAACCCUAACCCGAAGCUACAGAGAUCAGCUUCGGAAUCAAUGGUUCACAGAGAUCUAUCUCAUUCUCAACACUAUCGUUUCUUUGACACUACGAAUUUCCAGUUAAAGCAAUUCGACAGUGUUUCGUUGUUAAACGACAGAGACUCAGAUCUAACUGAGAAAACAGAGCCAGUCAGAGGAAUACUAACGAAACAAAAGAAGUGUUUCUAUGAUUCCACUGACUUUUUCCCUGGUCCGAAACAGAGUAUUUCUGUUUCGGUUCAAGGCGAGAUUGAGAAACGGUUGAAGAUGCGUGGGAUUCACGAACCUUCUAAAGAUCUCGAAACACUGAAACAAAUCCUUGAAGCAUUGCAGCUGAAAGGGCUUUUACAUUCUAAGAAAUUAACCAAUCAUAGAAACUUCGUCAUGGAGAAUGUGAGCGAUUCUCCUAUAGUUCUUAUGAAGCCAGGAAAAUCAAUUCAUCGAACUGGUUGGACCGGGAAUGAAUCUCUACCGCCAGCCUCGACUUUCCGGUCCAAACCAAAGGCUCAAACUGAUCAUAUGCAAGCUCAGGUUAAAAACAGAAACUCCUCAAACUCCCCCACGCGUAGUCCUAACCGCUUGAGGAAGGUUUCUAGCGUUGAGACACAGCGAGGUGUUGAUCGCCGAAGAGUUUCUCCGGUUCAAUCCCAGAAGAUUGAACCGAACCGGCAAUCACCGGUUCGGUCGCCGAGGAUGAGAAAAGUUACAACUUACCAAAAAGAAGAGAAAACCAUGGCAGAAGAUGAAUCAUCUACUGUUUCUGAAAGUAGUUUCAGUACCUCUUCACAUACCGACACAGAGAGGUUAACUAAGGUGGAGGACCAAUACAGAGAAGGGAAAGAGUUACUGCAGAGGUGUGAUAAAUUACUCAACAGUAUAGCUGAAAUAACUGAGUUACAACAACCGAGUCCCGUAUCAGUUCUUGACUCGUCGUUUUACAAAGACGACUCGUCGUGUUCUCCAUCUCCAGUAAUGAAACGAUGCAUUGAAUAUAAAGAUCUAGGAGCGGAGUCAGAAGAAGAUGCUUGGAGUACAAAUUUGUGUUCAAACGAAACCAAGUCAGAGGAUUGUGAUUUCGUAUAUGUUUCAGAAGUACUUCGUGCUUCUAACUACUUGCCCAAAGACAAAGACAAUGACAUGUUUCUGUUAUUGGAACAGCAACAGUACCUCAAGGGAAACAACACUUCCAAAGUUUCCACUCUUCAAAGACGGUUAAUCUUUGACACCAUCCAUGAGAUUCUCAACGGGAAACGCCGUUUGCCACCGUGGAAGUUGGAGAAUCUACAGUCGUUAGAUAAAAUCUGGUCGGAGUUUCGGAGGAUCCGGGAGAGGGAAGAGUCUGAGGAUAUGUUUGAGGUUAUAUGUGCAGUGUUGAAGAAGGACAUGAAUGGAGAGAAUGAAUGGGGUGAAUGCCACGUGGAAUUUGGAGAUGUAGUGUUGGAUAUCGAACGGUUCAUAUUCAAAGAUCUUAUAUGCGAAACCAUUGGGGAUCUAGCAUUAUGUAGAGGAAUACCACGUAACAAAGUUUCGGUGCUUCGCAGGAAGUUAGAGUUUUAUAAUUAG